AUCAGAAUCCUUCUAGUGAGUACUACUAUUAUUAUAUUUCCACCCACUCACGAAUUAUUAUAUAUUAUCCCCUACUUUGCUGCUCGUGGGUUUGUUUUUUUUUUUUUUCAAAAAAUUAAAUCAAUUUUAUAUAGAGGUGGACGACAAAUGAAGAUUGAAGCUUAUGCUAAUUUUGGGGUGCAUCAACUAACACCAAAUAACUAUGUUUGGAAAGGAAACAAUCGGGCAAUUCACUUGUUUCUAGUAAAGUCUCUUUCACUUGCUAUUUAUAGAGACUCGUAAACGUACUGUAUAUAUGAGCUUUGACAAGUGUGUGUUUAAUGGUAUCGAUAAAUCUGCUUUGACAAGUGUGUGUUUAAUGGUAUCGAUAAAUCUGCUUUGACAAGUGUGUGUUUAAUGGUAUCGAUAAAUCUGCUUUGACAAGUGUGUGUUUAAUGGUAUCGAUAAAUCUGCUUUGACAAGUGUGUGUUUAAUGGUAUCGAUAAAUCUGCUUUGACAAGUGUGUGUUUAAUGGUAUCGAUAAAUCUGCUUUGACAAGUGUGUGUUUAAUGGUAUCGAUAAAUCUGCUUUGACAAGUGUGUGUUUAAUGGUAUCGAUAAAUCUGCUUUGACAAGUGUGUGUUUAAUGGUAUCGAUAAAUCUGCUUUGACAAGUGUGUGUUUAAUGGUAUCGAUAAAUCUGCUUUGACAAGUGUGUGUUUAAUGGUAUCGAUAAAUCUGCUUUGACAAGUGUGUGUUUAAUGGUAUCGAUAAAUCUGCUUUGACAAGUGUGUGUUUAAUGGUAUCGAUAAAUCUGCUUUGACAAGUGUGUGUUUAAUGGUAUCGAUAAAUCUGCUUUGACAAGUGUGUGUUUAAUGGUAUCGAUAAAUCUGCUUUGACAAGUGUGUGUUUAAUGGUAUCGAUAAAUCUUUAAGAGAAAUCGAAGUUGUGGUCCAUUUUUUUGGGGAAUUUCAGACGAGGAAUAGCUGAUGAGCACCAGUUUAUUUGCUUCAGAUUCAGACCAACUAUAACAACAAUUCACCUGAAACCUACUACUUUGUUGUUGCCUCUCAAAGCUUCUGAAAGAUUUGAGUCAAAAUGUCGUCUUCAAGACCUAGCCAAUCUUCCACCACUUCAUCAAGAUCAAAGCACAGUGCUAGGAUCAUUGCACAGACCUCUAUUGAUGCAAAGUUGCAUGCAGACUUUGAGGAGUCAGGUGAUUCCUUUGACUAUUCAAGCUCGGUGAGGGUUACAAAUGUAGCUGAGGGUGAGCAAAGGCCAAAGUCAGACAAAGUUACCACCGCUUACCUUCAUCAGAUCCAAAAGGGCAAGUUUAUCCAGCCAUUUGGUUGUCUGUUAGCCCUGGAUGAGAAAACAUUAAAGGUCAUAGCAUUCAGUGAAAAUGCCCCUGAAAUGCUGACCAUGGUUAGCCAUGCUGUUCCAAGUGUUGGUGAGCAUCCAGUUCUUGGCAUCGGGACUGAUAUCAGAACGAUCUUCACUGGUCCUAGUGGCGCAGCAUUGCAGAAAGCCUUGGGGUUUGGGGAGGUUUCUCUGUUAAAUCCUGUCCUUGUUCACUGCAAAAAUUCUGGGAAGCCAUUUUAUGCAAUUGUUCAUAGGGUUACAGGUAGCUUAAUCAUUGAUUUUGAGCCUGUGAAGCCCUAUGAAGUUCCCAUGACUGCUGCAGGGGCCCUGCAGUCAUAUAAACUUGCAGCCAAAGCCAUUACUCGCUUGCAGUCCUUGCCCAGUGGCAGUAUGGAAAGACUUUGUGACACAAUGGUUCAGGAGGUUUUUGAACUCACAGGUUAUGACAGGGUGAUGGGAUAUAAGUUUCACGAUGAUGAUCAUGGAGAGGUGGUGUCUGAGAUCACAAAGCCUGGCCUCGAGCCUUACCUUGGUUUACAUUAUCCUGCUACGGAUAUUCCACAGGCUGCACGGUUUUUGUUUAUGAAGAAUAAGGUCCGAAUGAUUUGUGAUUGCCGAGCAAAACAUGUGAAGGUAGUCCAAGAUGAGAAGCUUCCAUUUGACUUAACAUUGUGCGGCUCUACUCUUAGGGCCCCUCACUACUGCCAUUUACAGUAUAUGGAGAACAUGAAUUCAAUUGCAUCACUUGUAAUGGCAGUUGUGGUCAAUGACGGGGAUGAAGAAGGAGAAAGCUCUGAUUCUUCACAAUCUCAAAAAAGAAAAAGGCUAUGGGGCCUGGUUGUUUGCCACAACACGACCCCAAGGUUCGUCCCCUUUCCACUGAGGUAUGCAUGUGAGUUUCUUGCACAAGUCUUUGCCAUACACGUUAACAAGGAACUGGAAUUGGAAAAUCAAUUCCUUGAGAAAAAUAUUCUGCGUACUCAGACUCUCUUGUGUGAUAUGCUGAUGCGAGAUGCUCCCCUAGGUAUCGUGUCACAGAGCCCCAACAUUAUGGAUCUCAUCAAAUGUGAUGGUGCUGCUUUGCUCUAUAAGAAUAAGAUACAUCGAUUAGGAAUGAACCCAAGUGACUUUCAGCUGCAUGAUAUAGUAUCAUGGCUUUGUGAGUAUCAUACAGAUUCCACAGGCUUGAGUACGGAUAGCUUGUAUGAUGCUGGGUUUCCUGGGGCUCUUGCUCUUGGUGAUGCAGUCUGUGGUAUGGCGGCUGUAAGAAUAUCUGAUAAGGACUGGCUGUUCUGGUACAGGUCACACACUGCUGCUGAAGUUAGAUGGGGUGGUGCAAAGCAUGAACCUGGUGAGAAGGAUGAUGGCAGGAAAAUGCAUCCUAGGUCAUCAUUCAAAGCAUUCCUGGAAGUUGUCAAGACAAGGAGUAUACCCUGGAAGGACUAUGAGAUGGAUGCAAUCCACUCCUUGCAGCUCAUACUAAGAAAUGCUUUCAAGGAUGCUGAUGCUGUGAAUUCAAAUACAAUUUCCAUCCAUACGAAGCUUAAUGAUCUAAAGAUUGAUGGAAUGCAGGAACUUGAAGCAGUGACAGCUGAAAUGGUCCGCUUAAUUGAAACAGCUUCAGUUCCUAUAUUCGCAGUUGAUGUUGAUGGGCAGGUUAAUGGAUGGAACACUAAAGUUGCUGAAUUAACUGGUCUUCCUGUUGAUGAAGCAAUUGGGAAACAUCUGCUCACUCUCGUGGAGGAUUCAUCAGUUGAUACCGUGAAUAAGAUGUUGGAAUUAGCAUUGCAGGGGAAAGAGGAAAGAAAUGUAGAGUUUGAAAUAAAAACACAUGGGCCGUCGAGGGAUUCUAGUCCAAUCAGCUUAAUCGUGAAUGCAUGUGCAAGCAAAGAUGUUCGGGAUAGUGUUGUGGGUGUGUGUUUUAUUGCUCAGGAUAUAACUGGACAAAAAAGUAUCAUGGACAAGUUCACCCGAAUCGAAGGUGACUAUAGAGCGAUUAUCCAAAAUCCUCACCCAUUGAUCCCACCAAUAUUUGGCACUGAUCAAUUUGGCUGGUGUUCUGAAUGGAACUCUGCGAUGACCAAGUUAACUGGAUGGCGGCGUGAUGAUGUUAUGGAUAAAAUGCUGCUAGGGGAGGUUUUUGGGACACAGGCAGCUUGCUGCCGUCUCAAGAAUCAAGAAGCUUUUGUGAAUUUCGGAGUUAUACUAAACAAUGCUAUCACUGGUCAAGAAUCUGAGAAGAUUCCUUUUGGUUUCUUUGCACGUUACGGGAAAUAUGUGGAGUGCUUACUCUGUGUGAGCAAAAGGUUAGAUAAAGAGGGUGCAGUCACGGGACUCUUUUGUUUCCUGCAGCUUGCAAGCCAUGAGUUGCAACAAGCUCUUCAUGUUCAACGAUUAUCAGAACAAACUGCAUUGAAAAGGUUGAAAGUAUUAGCUUACAUAAGGAGGCAAAUUAGGAAUCCUCUUUCUGGGAUUAUAUUCUCUCGGAAGAUGCUAGAGGGGACUAGCUUGGGCGAAGAGCAGAAAAAUAUACUGCAUACAAGUGCACAGUGUCAGCGUCAGCUCGACAAAAUUCUUGAUGAUACAGAUCUUGAUAGCAUCAUAGAGGGUUAUUUGGAUCUGGAGAUGCUCGAGUUUAAGCUACAUGAGGUAUUGGUAGCAUCCAUAAGUCAAGUCAUGAUGAAGAGCAAUGGAAAGAAUAUAAUGAUCUCGAAUGACAUGGUUGAAGAUCUUCUUAAUGAAACUUUAUAUGGAGAUAGUCCGAGACUUCAACAAGUCCUAGCUAACUUUUUGUUAGUAUCUGUGAACUCUACACCAAGUGGUGGCAAGCUUAGUAUUUCAGGCAAGCUAACUAAAGAUCGCAUAGGAGAAUCUGUUCAGCUUGCUCUCUUGGAAUUCAGGAUAAGACAUACAGGGGGUGGAGUGCCAGAAGAAUUGCUUAGCCAAAUGUUUGGUAGUGAAGCCGAUGCAUCUGAAGAAGGGAUCAGCUUACUUGUCAGCAGAAAACUGGUCAAGCUGAUGAAUGGGGAAGUUCAGUACCUAAGAGAGGCUGGGCGAUCAACUUUCAUUAUAUCCGUUGAACUCGCAGUGGCUACCAAAUCAAGCUGAUGAUUUCAGGACCCUCUUAAGGUCCUAAACUAAUUCUGCAGGUCUGUAUAAUGGAGGAGGAUUUCAAGUUAAAAGUGUUUUAUGAUUUCCCCCGUGUUGUGCUCGUUCUUGUCAUUUUCCCUCCUCUUUGUUACAUUGUUUGCCUUUGGUUUUUGAAAGUCACUUGAACAAUUGCAUCUUCAGCAUUUCAACAUUUCAGUUUCAUUAGAAUCCUGAUCUCACAUGUCAAAAUGCUCAACUUUUUAUCACUUUAGUACCA